CGCCCCUCCUCCACUUUGAUUGGACGGCUGGAUUAAAAAGUGACGUUCAACGACCGGUAAAAAACGCCUCGCGCUGUGCCUGCGAUUUUGCAGCUACGACUCUUUUUCUCCAUCAUCACCAGCCUACUAAACUAAAUAGAAAUCAAGUCAGAGAAAACAAUAAACAGAGAAAAAAGCAUCGGCUGAUAACACUUCAUAAUAAACAAAAAAUGUAUUUACAUUAGUUUAACCCUCUGCAUUAGUUAACAUGGACAUAGCCUAUUUCUACCGAGUUAAUGUAGCAUUUAAUACUACAUUUUUAAGAUCAAAAGUUGUAUCUGUUUGCAAUGGUUAAUGCUCUGUGAACAAUUAAUAGCCUAACAUUUUAAAGUAAAGUUUUACCACCUCUUGACCACGUAGGUAGGCUACAUAAAAUGUCAGUUUGGAUAACCUGAAUGUCUGAAUUACAAAACAACUCCUAUAAUUUAUCAUGUUACAAAUCUUAUAGAAACAAUUAAUAGACAGUUGAAGCUUCAGAUUCUCUAUUUGAAUGAUAAUCCCUGAACUGUGAUUGUUUAUCCUGAAUAAUCUAAUUACAGCUUCUCCUGUAGGCUUAGCAUACAGAAUUGUUUAGUCUUCCAUUUUCAUUAAAACCAUGUUACCAAAUAUUAGCACUGUAGUAGGCUACUGUAGUAAUCAAUACAAAACUGUAGUCUAAAAUACUUUAUUUAUAAACAAUAAGAUUUAUCAAAAAAAAAUCUUCUAUAGCCUAGAGAAAGAGUCAAAAAAUAAACCCAACAGGAAAAGAUCUAAAAAGACAGUGGGUGGAGACGACAAUGAAGAGAAGAGAUGUGUGGAGCAGAGAGCAGGUUUAGCCCAGUAAUGUGGAGAAGAAGCGUGUUUGAUCAGGAUGUGCUGAAGCUCACGGCAUACACACUUCACACAAGCUUCUGAAGCUCAGCGAGCAGAAGACACAGAGACAGCACUGGACCACUCUUUCAUUCAGGACAGGACCUCAACCAAGAUCAGACAAAUGACACAGAGAUCGGACAGUCUGGAGUCAGCGGACUCCGAGCUGGCACAGUGUGAGACGGAGGUGAGCACUUUACUGCAGAUCAUUUCUGAGCUCAACAGGAAGAUGGACUGCCUACAAAUACCACGAGAGAUGAAACCUCCUGAGGGUCACGUGUGUGUCGAUGGGUGCGUCCCGCAGCAGGGCUUGAGAUCUUCAGCCUGCAGCCUCACAGCGGCGGACGCUGGCAAAGUAUCUGUGGAGACCAAGACCAAGAACAUCUGCAGGGACUCAGAAGGGGGCAGCAGUGAUCUUUGGAACGAUCUACAGAAGGUCCUCUCUGCUCUCGAGACCUCUAGCGGUCAUGGGAGGAAGAUGCUCAGGCUUCAAACGCAGAAUUCGGAGAUAGUUCAAGCACACCAUCUCUCUGCAGCCCGGGAGAGCUGGGUGAAGGCCACACAGGUGCUGGAGGAGAUGGAGAGCGAUUUGGGGAUCUCAUACCCCUCUGCUCUUCCCCCUGAUGAGAGACGUCAGUAUCAGCGGGAUGUUCUCUCACUGUACAAACACAACCAAGACCUCAACACCUCUUUGAAGAGCCAUCAGGAAGAGCUUAUAGAAGCCGAAAGUUUGUUGAUUGAUCUUGAGGACGAGAAAAAGUGGCUGAUGGAAAAGUUAGUGGACCUGAAGAGGAAGUGGCUGUACGGAGUGAGUCGUUCUCCUCCUGUUAGUCCAUCAUUGUCCUCUAGUCGAACUUCGAGCCCUUCCUUUUCCUCUCCUCCAUAUCCUGGAUCCCCUCUGCUGUCCCGCAAACUGCCUGGCUCCAGGCCGGACUCCCCUUCAUCUCCCUGCACCGUUGAUUCUGUGCUUCAGGCCGAGAUAGAAAAGCUGCAGAGGUGCCUGGAGCGACUGAAAGCUCGGAAUGAGCGCCUGAAUGGCGCACUGGUCAGGAGGAAAGGAGAAUCAGAGCAGCUGAGCAUGAGUCUUAGCCGACAGGAGGCAGACAGCUCGGCUCUACACAUGGCUCUCGCAUACUGUGAGGAGUGUGAGGAGGCUUACAGUGAUCUACUAUCCCUGUACGAAGCCAGAAAACAACAGAACGCAGAACAAAUAAGCACACCGCAGUCUGACUUCUCAGAAGUGAACACGGACAAAGGCGAGCCAUCCUCCAGUCCACUAGAGAGCAGCGCUGAGAACAGAACAAACAGGUUGUUGCAUCAUAUUUACUGUUGCACGAGAUAUGCGAAAUGCAACGGAAUCAGCAAAACAAAAAAAUUCACUGGAAGGACUUGA